AUGGAUACCGCUGAACUUGCUCUUAUGGCAGUUCCACUAUACUUCACUCUUCAAUCCAAGGAUUCAGCUCGGACCGGUGUCUGGUGGGGUUUGACCAAUGAUGAUCACUGUCCUUUGGCAAGUUGUCCUACAGUACCAGGGGUUGUGGCUAAAGGGUCACUAGACGGACUUAGUGAGAUCCUCAAAAGAAACAGAAUAGAAGGUAUAAGUGAUCGUGCAGCUGGGUCAACAAGUCACCCUCCGUUCCUUGAUGACAAAACCAACUAUGCAGCAUGGAAGGCUAAGAUGAAAGCUUUUUUGUGGGCAAAGGAUGUAGCUGUAUGGGCUGUUAUUGAAAGUGGUUGGGAGUAUCCAACUAAGACUGAAAAAGUUGACACAAAAGAGAUUGGAGAGGGCAGUUCUACUGUUGAAGCCAAAGUUAAGAAGCCGAUGAGUGAAUGGACUAUAGAUGAGAAUACCAAGAGUACAAAUAAUCAGAAAGCAUUAAACUCUAUCUUCACAGCGGUAUCCUCUGAUAAAUUUCAGCUUAUUUCUCAUUGUUACUCUGCAAAGCAAGCAUGGGAUAUUCUCCAAGUUACUCAUGAAGGCACUACAACUGUUCGAGAAUCCAAGCUUCAGCAACUUAUCCAGCAAUUUGAAAAUAUGAAGAUGGGUGAUGAUGACAAGUUUGCUGAUUUCUAUGCUAGGCUCAGUGUUGUUGUGAAUGGUUGUUUCAACUUAGGAGAUCUCAUACCUCAGCACAGAAUAGUCAAGAAAAUACUCAGGUCUCUUCCUAUGAAAUAUCAUUCCAAGAAGAUAGCCAUUCAAGAGUCGAAGGACCUGAAUACCUAUAAUCUGCAAGAAUUGAUUGGAAACUUAACCACAUAUGAGAUGGAACUCCCUGAUGAAAUGAAGAGCAAAAGCAUAGCUCUUAAAGUGAAGAAAGACAUUGAAGAUGAGUCAACAGAUGAAGAGGAUGCUGAUGAAGAUGAAAUUGAUCUUGUCACAAGAAAAUUCAGAAAAUUUCUCAAGGAUAGGAAAUCCAAAAGAAGUGAAUCAAGGAAAGCUAAGGGUAGUCGAAACAAGGUUUUGAAUGUGACCUGGAGUGACAGAGAUUCUGAUGUUGAUUCAACAUUAGAUGAUGAUUGCAGUGUAGUGGCUUUGGUUGGCUUGACGACAACUGUUGAAGGAGCUGAAGGUGAUGAACCAGAUCUUGAGGAAGUCUUGCAGCAAUACAUUGCAUUGUCAGAUGCUUCUGAGAUUUUGAAACAAAAGAAUCAAGAAUUGACUGCUUUGGUGGAGAGUUUAAAGAAAGAUAUCAAUAGGAUUGAAGCUGGUUUUCAAUCCCAGUUAGAAGUAGGUAAUGAAGUGAGAAUGUCCCUGGUGAAUGACUUUCAAUCUCUUCAGCAAAAAUUUCAAGAAAGGUGUGAUCAGGUGGAAGUUUUGAAAAAUGAGAAGGCAUGCUUAAUAUGUGAGCUAGAGUAG